AGUAUCGUUGUUAAGCUAUAGCCUCCUCUACUAUGCCUUCUACCACUCCAGCAACUGAGUCACCACUACCCACGGUUCAUGUGCAGCAGAAUGCUUCCCUCGAGGCGGCUCUCGAUAAGCCACCUUUCCGCCUUAUAUUAGUCGACUUAACUGACAAGAAUAUCGCUCAAGUGAAACUACUGAAUGAGCUCACUUUCCCCGUUCAUUACGGCGAGCACUUCUAUGAAGGUCUACUCAAGUUCAAGGAUAACGGUGGAUUUGUGAAACUCGCGUAUAUGUGCGACGUCUUGGUCGGCGCUAUAGGGUGCCGUGUUAUGCUGGUUGAUCCCAAGGACCCUUCACAAGGCAUGAAAAUGUACAUCAUGACGCUGUCAGUCCUGCCCAUGUUCCGAAGAUGCCGUGUGGCGACCACCCUCCUCAAGGCCCUCCAAGAUGAACUCGAGAAAAGACGAGCUACUGCCUUAGCCGAGGCGAAGGCAGCAUCGGCGAGUCAUCACCAUCAUCAUGGUCAUAAUAAUGAGGAGGGCCUAGCAGCUGGACAGGUUGUCAAGAUCUGCCUAGAUGUACAGGUCAACAACGCUUCUGCGAUUUGCUUUUACGAGAAGCACGGCUUUGCUAAGGUUGCCGAGGUCCCCGGGUAUUAUCCUGAUCUCGAUCCGAAGGACGCUUAUACGAUGGAGAAGCGACUACCACUUCUCCAAUGUUAACUUCUAGGAAGUUUCUAUGG